AAUAUCUGUUUCCAGUUUUCUGGACUAUGCUCAGUUGUCAGAUAUUGUCUUGUCUCAACUGGAACAUAAUGAAUUUCUGGAUAUACCUUAUUUCCUCCUUAAAUCCUCUUGUUAGCUUUCAUCUGUGCAGCUCAGCAGGGAUUACUGAUGGUCUCUCUAAUCUUCAGCUACUCGAGGAAUCCACCAUGGCUGUGAUUAGAGCCACAGUACACUUGGGCAGCAGAUUAAAACAUUAAACCUAACAGGCCAGAUCUUGUCAUCCUUACUCAAAGCUUUUCACUGUGUUGCUGAGGCUCUCCUGUUCAAACCUAGCUGCCUCUAGAGUGCUGAACACAGCCCCAGAACUGGCCUGUCCUCACUCCUGGCUGAUGCAGCUCUCUCCAGGCUGAAGGUGAAAUGCCAAAUACCAGGUAACAGUCUGCUGGGUUUUGUCAACUAAUGAUUAAUGAACUUGGACUCAUGGGUAGUACAUUUUAGGUACCAUCUCUUCUUCUUGCUUCCUGCCAUUUGAAUUCAUCCUGCUUGGCCUUUCUAGGGAAUGGUAGCGAUACUUAGUGGCACUUUUGACAGGUACUGUUUGUCUCUGCAAUGGGUUUUGUUCUGUAUACAGAAAUUUGCUCCCCAUUAGAGAAAAGCAAGUGCUUUAGCUCACAAACCAGUCUCAGGACAUUCUUCAAACUCCCAAGGCUGCACACCAGGUUCUAGACCAGCCAGCUUCUGCCUGCAUCUGUGGGAGUUACAUUUGCAGCUGAUUGUCCUCAAGUUACUGGUUGGGUAUGACUUUGUUGUUUUUACAAGCAGCUCCAAACCAAAGGCAAAAUCCUUGGCUACAAUUUGAAAGCAUACCGGGAAAUGUUAGUAUUUUCACUAAUAAACACAAGAGCUUUUAAUGUAGCUGCAGGAAUUCUUUCCCCUCCCCUGGAAUAGUGGCAUUCCUGUUGCCAUCUGAGCAUAGAGGAGGCCUGAUUCUCCUCCAGGUUCAUAGUGGUCUGGUGUGGCUGCCAAGGUAAUAAAGCAAAUGCCUGCUGCUGCCUUGGAACAGCAUUGUCUGUGGGCACUCCAAGUCUGGGGAAGGAUUAAAUAUUAACAGUAUUAAUGAAGAAGCAUAAAGUGCAUUAGUAAUUAAAUUUUUGUAGGGUCUAGUUAAACAGUGCACUGUCAAAACAUGAUGCUGAAUUAACAAAUAAUUGGUUCAUCACAGUUCUCCCUAAUGAUCUAUUGUCCCAUAAAUUGGUAUGGUGUAUGGCACUCCUUGCUGUAACUGGAGAUCUAGAGCACAGAUGACUUUAUUUAGAAAACAAUUUUAAAGCCAGGCUAAAACCACUCUCUUUUUCCUUCUUCAGAGUAAAGAUAAAAGGAUGAAUCACAACCAUUACUUUCCUGCAAGUUAAGACAGCUGUGAGAAAAAUACUGGAAAUGUCAGCCUGGUUUUUUUGAAGGUGAUGAGAGCAUGCUGGUUUUUGCCAGGACUCCAUCCACCACAGUGAAGGCACAGCUGGUUUACUCAGUAGCUGGUACUUCCAAAUCAGCUCAAGUUGCUGUGCUUCAGUGGUGGGUCAGAGACAGAAUCAGGGAUGCUGAACUGGGGUGCACUGAGGAAGUCCUUACCCAAACACAGGUCCUACCACUGCUUCUCUCCUACCCAUACCCACUCUGUGCCACCCAAAAAACAGAUACAUGUUCAUCAGUGGGAUCAGAAUAUGGCUCAGAUCAUUCCCAAGUUCCUGAGGAUUACUCACAGCCAGUGUCUGGCAGUCAUCAUCUCCCUUGACAGAAGGCUCAUCCUUGCUGCCAUGUUACUUUGGUUUGGAUUAUAGAGAAAGGAAUGGCUUUUGGCAGAUACACAGCUGCAGUGAGCUUUCACUGGCAGCUGGAGCCUCUUUAUUGCACCUCCCUUCUUGCUCCCUGAGCUGGUGAGGUUGCUGGUGAGGACAUGGAUCAGAUGCCAUGGCCCUUACCUCUUCCUUUCACAGUGCUCAGAGACGUGUGUGGUGUUUCUGUGCUGCUCUGACUGUGCAGGGGCUUUCUGAGAAAUUUGGGCUUCUCCUGCACACCUUCUCUGGGAACUGAGAUGUCCAAGUGUUUGCACAUCCCUGUAUAAGUAAACAUUGUGUUUGAAUACUGUUCUCAAAAAAAAUAUCUUGAAAUUAAAAGAGGGAAAGUAAAAAGUAAGUGCUGCUGAGUUGGAAACACAGUUAUGCAGCUUUUCCACUUUUUCUUUUCCUGGCUGGUCAGGAAGUGUAGCUGUUGGCAGCUCUGUCAUCGGAGCCCCACCAUGGAGAUCUGUAUUGAUGUGAGGGAGUGUUGGAAAGCUGUUGGCCAGAUCUACCUUCAUGGGACAAGGCUGAGAGAAAGGGAGGAGGUGGAACAAGGAGAGAUUUUGCCUCACUACGUUGUGGGCCAACAGAACAGAGCACAUAACAACUCAAGGUCCCAAUACUAGCAUAGCUACAAAAUCUAGGCUUGCAGAAAAACUAGUUGGCUCAGUUCUGUGGGGUUUCGUUCACUUGUUGGUUAGUGGGGUUUUUUAGUGGCUUUUUUCUUUGUAUGAGUGUAAUUAUGUUCCCUUUGAUAUAUUCACAGCGUAUGAAAAAGGAAUUAGGAAAACUAAACAGAACAUCUCAGUCUGUUUUGCUCCUAAGCAGUUUUUGCUGUGCCUCCUUCAUGCAGUUUGAUUUUCAUCUCCCUCCUCUCUUGCUAUAAGGAACAGCUGAGUGCAAAUCAGAACAAGCAAUCCAGCUUGAAGCUGAAAGUAUAAUACACAUAAUGCUGCCAAGGGCCAGAUUUGGAAUGCACUGAAGUAAUAACUAUCACAUGCUGUAAAAUGAAACACACAUCAUGUUUUCAGGUGAGAAAAGGUCACUCUGAAGUCAUUGGUGGACAUGAGCUGGUUGUGGAGGCUGGGGUGGAUGCACCUCCAUGGCUGGGGGAUGGCACAGCUGUUCCUGUGGUUUCAGCUCACAGGAGAGAGAUCCCAGGGCCUGCUCUGUCUUUUCCUGGGCUGUGGUUUCUCUUCUCACUCCCACAGAGCUCACAGCAGUGUGACAGGCAUCUAGGGCAGGAGCCAGAGCAAGAGGAAAGUGUCUGGUGCAGGAAUCUUGGCUGCUAUGAGAGAAGCUAGCCAAAGGAAUUAACAGUUUCUGCUCCUUGUUGCAGCUGCCACCGUGUGACAAUAGAUAAGCAAGUCUGUGUUCUGUCCCUGUGGCAUCUUCUCAGGAUACUGGAGAUCCGUCCUGGUAACACACUUUUCCUUUGAAUUUGGGACAUGGUUUUUACAGCUGAAGUACAUACUGCCCUGGCCCAGUCAAUCCCAAAUUCCAUGGGAAAGCUUCCCUCACCUCUCCAUGGUUUAUGACACAGCAGAGCAGCAGCUUGGGGAAGGCUGAUGCCAGUCUUGUCCAGACUAGUCAGGUGCUCAGGGCCAUCCCACCUUAAAUCCUUCUGCCUACAAACUGGUCUCUGACCCACACUUGUAUGAUGGGAAAUACAGCCCAGCUGUUCAGGGCUUGGAAAAAAAACAAACCCUGCUGUUCUGCAGGCUUUCUGUAUGCAUAGGAAACCAUGCCAAGCCCAUCUCACAGCUGGAUUGAGGGGAGGGGUCUCAGGGAUAAAUAAGAAACACAAGCCACGAAACUUCACACUAAAUCUCAGAUUCAUCAAAGGCAGAGGCUUUUCCAGUGAAUUUUUCCAGGCCUUAGAGCUCAAUUCUACUCCAGUUUGGUGGGGCUGGCUAUGCCCUAACUUGCCUCUUGUUUACUGCAUUUUCUGCUCUCGUUUUCCUCUGUGGCUGGCAGCUCACCUCAAAUGUUUGGUGGGGAGAGGGGAGCAGCAGUGUCUCCCCUUUUCUCUGUAGAAGGGUAGCCAAGGGCUCUGAUGGCUCUGCCAACAAAGUUACACUUCAUUUCAGUGUUCUAGGCUCCUGAAUAAACACCAGCAGCUCCCAUUGGACUGAAAAGCCAGUCACAAUAUAGUUUGUAAUAAGUGCAUUUUAAUGUCCCAGUUCUGUGUGGUAUUCAUGCAGGUGGAGCCAUUGCCAGUGACCUUGCAGAAGUCACCACUGCUGUAAAUGGUCAGCUGUAAAUUGCAUGGAGGCUGCAGCAACCGGAGCUGCUCAGGGGGCCAACCACGACCUGAAGAUAAAUGGGAGCUUUCACGGAAGUCAUGGAUUAAUAUAAAAAUCACCCUCUUGCACAUGAGACAGCAUUCCUUUGUCCUGCCUCCUCAAAACUAGGAGAUCAAGGCAUACAGAGGAGUCUUCUCAGGGAAGAUGUCGUCUUUGACCAUGAGAAGCCGUUGUGUGGACAAAAGAGGAAGUUUCUUUAAGCUCAUUGACACAAUUGCCUCAGAAAUCGGAGAACUGAAACAGGAGAUGGUACAGACAGAUCCCCCAGUGGAAGAUGAAUCUACUGAUUGGCAAAGUCUAAUCAAGGAUAUGGAUAAUAUCUCUCCUGAAAAAAAUGAUGUCAAAAGCUGCCCCCGGGACUCUGGAUAUGACAGCCUAUCCAACAAGCUGAGCAUAUUGGACAAGCUCCUCCAUACCCACUCUGUGUGGCUGCAGCUUGGUCUGAACGAUGCUGAAGCCUUGGAAAUUUUGCAGACACAGCCUCCUGGGAUAUUUCUGGUUAGGAAAUCUGCAAGGCUGCAGAGGAAAGUCAUCUCUCUGCGUGUGUCCAGUGACUGUGGGUCCUGCCUGAAAGAAUUUGCCAUAAAAGAAAGUACAUACACAUUUUCCUUGGAGGGGUCUGCAAUAAGUUUUGCUGAUUUGUUCAGACUCAUUGCUUUCUACUGUAUUAGCAGGGAUGUCCUUCCAUUCACACUGAAGUUGCCUCAUGCAAUUGCUGCAGCAAAGACAGAAGCUGAGCUUGAAGAAAUUGCUCAGCUUGGACUGAACUUUUGGAGCUCCCUGGCUAACAGCAAACCCCCGGAUCCUUCACCUCCCUGUAGGCCUGUGCCUUUGGACAGUGCUCGCAAAGACUCGCGCCAGCUCUGCCUUAUAAAUGGAGUGCAUUCUAUACGAACCAGAACGCCCUCGGAGCUGGAGUGCAGCCAGACCAACGGAGCUCUGUGUUUCAUUAAUCCCCUCUUCUUAAAAGUGCACAGCCAGGAUGUCAGUGGAAGUCUGAAAAGGCAGAGCCCCAGAACUCCAGACGUGAAUGGCACAGCGAGGGCCCGCUCCCCCCCGCCCCGGCCGCCACCUCCUGCUAUUAAUAGCACCCUGACGAGCCCGCAGAUUUCCAGGACUAUAAAGCAGGCGAGCAUGCCAGAAACACUCAGCCACAAGAAGGAGAGGGGCUCGGAUUUGCUGCAGAACAAGCCCACCCCGAUUCCGCCUCCUCGGCUGAAGAAGCAGGCGCUGUGCUCCGAGGCAGACGGUGCCUCCAGGAGCGCGGCCGCGCUUCGGCCCCGCUCCUCCGUGUGCGUGCCCGAGGCGGCCCCGGCUGCUCCUCCGUGUGAAUCCCCGCCAGCCCUGCCCCAGCCGCCUCCAGCGGCUCCCAAAAAGACUCCGGCUGCCAUCUCUGAGUCACACAUCCCGUGGAAUGGAGGCCGGCAGAGACUGAGCGACAUGAGCAUUUCCACCUCCUCGUCCGACUCGCUGGACUUCGAUCGGAGCAUGCCGCUCUUCGGCUAUGAGGGGGACACCAACAGCAGCCUGGAGGACUUUGAGGGGGAGAGUGACCAGGAGAGCAUGGCACCCCCUCUGAAGCCCAAGAAGAAAAGAAGCAGUUCGUUCGUUCUCCCCAAGAUUGUGAAAUCUCAGCUACGGAAAGUCAGUGGAGUUUUCAGUUCCUUCAUGACCCCCGAGAAGAGGAUGAUUAAGAAAAUUGCAGAGUUGUCCCGGGACAAACGUACCUAUUUUGGAUGCUUAGUGCAGGACUAUGUCAGCUUUCUGCAAGAAAACAAGGAGUGCCAUGUUUCCAGCACUGACAUGCUGCAAACAAUUCGUCAGUUCAUGACCCAAGUCAAGAACUACUUGUCCCAAAGCUCCGAACUUGAUCCCCCAAUCGAAUCACUGAUUCCUGAAGACCAAAUAGAUGUUGUGCUGGAGAAGGCCAUGCAUAAGUGCAUUCUGAAGCCUCUGAAGGGUCACAUUGAAGCGAUGUUGAAAGAGUUUCAUACCACAGAUGGUUCCUGGAAACAACUGAAGGAAAACCUGCAGCUGGUGAGGCAGAGGAAUCCUCAGGAACUGGGUGUGUUUGUCCCAACACCAGACUUUGUGGACGUUGAAAAGAUUAAAGUCAAGUUCAUGACUAUGCAGAAGAUGUAUUCACCUGAGAAGAAAGUCAUGCUGCUGCUGAGAGUUUGCAAAUUGAUUUACACUGUUAUGGAGAAUAACUCAGGGAGGCUGUAUGGAGCUGAUGACUUCUUGCCUGUGUUGACAUAUGUGCUAGCCCAGUGUGAUAUGUUGGAGCUGGAUACCGAAAUCGAGUACAUGAUGGAGCUGUUGGAUCCAUCCUUGCUGCAUGGAGAAGGGGGCUAUUACUUGACCAGUGCUUAUGGAGCACUUUCACUGAUCAAGAACUUCCAGGAGGAGCAAGCUGCCCAGCUGCUCAGCUCAGAGGCCAGAGACACACUCCGGCAGUGGCACAAGAGGAGGACAACAAACAGGACAAUACCUUCAGUUGAUGAUUUUCAGAACUACCUUCGUGUUGCAUUCCAGGAGGUUACCAGCGGCUGUACGGGAAAGACUUUGCUAGUAAGGCCAUACAUCACUACCGAAGAUGUCUGUCAGCUUUGUGCUGAGAAGUUUAAAGUGGCAAAUCCAGAAGAAUACAGGCUGUUUCUUUUUAUUGAUGACACCUGGCAACAACUGACAGAGGAUACCUACCCUCAGAAAAUCAAGGCAGAGUUGCACAGCCGUCCUCAGCCCCAGGUUUUUCACUUUGUCUACAAGCGCCUUAACAGCGACCUAUAUGGGGCCAUCCUUCAGAACAGCCACGACUCGGCUGCUUAGAACCAGCAACCUGCCAUUUUUAUAUCUGUUCCUUGGUAAUUGUUACAAACAUCUUUGUUGGCUGCCUUCCUUAGGAGCUAAAACGUGCCUUAAACCUGAAGUGCCUGGUGAAACACGUGCUGACAGUUCUGAUGUCGCUUACAGGACCCAGGGGCACUGUGCACGUGGCCAGCUAUGCAGAAUAUUCCACCAGCAAGUCUUGAGGAGACAGCCCAUGAGCCUGCAUUUCCUGUACCCAUGGGCUCUUUUGCAGCAUAUUCUACUGUGGCCUUUCACAGGUCUUGGCUGUAGUGUGCAAAAUACAAUUUUCUGCCACUCCUUUAUUUCCCCAGCUGUCACUUGCAUUUGAAUCCAAGUGCGUCUGUGGGCUGGGGUGAGCUCAGUUCUGCCAGCAGGAGUUUGACAAGACUGUCCGAUGCAGGGCAUCAGUUCACUCAGCAUUACCUGGAUGGUUGCAUCCUUGUCUAAUUUUUUUGAUUACAGAAAAUUGUCAUGUUUAUAUAUAUAUAUAUAUAUAAAAUAGAUAUUUUAUAGCAGUUGCAGGUAAACUGUCAGGGUUGGUUUUUGAAAUAUUUUUUUAACUAAAAUAUUCUAUAAUUAUGCAUGUGAUUUUUAACAUUUAAUACACAAGAAUAAAUCUCUUGCUGGUUUUAGAGUCUUG